AGUGUUAACCCACGAGACAAACCCAGCUACUCUUCAGUUCCUGUAUCAAUGUCAACACCCCCUUCCUCUGAAAUAUCAUGUGAGGCUCAUCUCAACACGCUUCUUCUUAUUCUGUAUCAUGAUACAAGCUGACACAACUCUUCAAAUAUGGAUGACAUCAAUACUACACAGACAGAAUCAAAAAACAGCACGAACGUCAGCAGCGUGUUCACACAUCAGGUUCUUCCUGUGCUCUACACCAUCAUCUGCCUUUGCGCUUUUAUCCUCAACGGACUCGCCGCUUGGAUCUUCUUCAGGGUUCCCACCUCCUCGGCCUUAGUAGUUUACCUCAAAAACAUGGUGGUGGCGGACAUCUUGAUGUUGUUUAGCUACCCGUGGCGUGUAGUGGGCGAUCUCGGUUAUGGCGGCACGCAACUGAAGCUGAUAGUUUGCCGCUACACAGCUGUGCUUUUCUACCUCAGCAUGUACACAGGAAUAACCUUCAUGAGCCUCAUCAGCUUGGAACGCUACUUCAAAAUCGUACGCAGCACGUCCAGCGUGUCUUCAUUUCUGCAGCGUGUUUCGGUUGCGAAGGCUCUCGCUCUGCUAACUUGGGGCGUCAUGAUGUUCUUCAAUCUGCCGAACGCCAUAUUAACCAACCAGCCAAUGCCUAAGGUUUUCUCCUGCUUGGCUCUAAAGAGCAACCUGGGUCGGAGCUGGCACGAGAUGUCAGCUCACUUCAAUGUUGGAAUCUUCUGGGUGGCGUUCCUGUUGAUGGUGUUUUGCUACACCUCCAUCGCUUGUCACGUAUACCGCUCUUACAAACGUGUGCAGCAAGACAGCAGUGAGGCAGGACGGCGGUCAAAUCGAAGCAUCUUUAGCUUGCUGGCUGUUUUUAUCUUCUGUUUUGUUCCGUACCACGUCUGUCGCGUGCCCUACACGCUUAGCCAAAGGCACAAGGAUGACUUUAGCACCUACAACCGUUUUAUUCUCUUUCAGGUCAAAGAAGCUACCCUCUUCCUUUCUGCCCUUAAUGUGUGUUUGGAUCCUGUCAUCUACUUUUUCAUGUGCAGGACAUUCAGAGAAUCGCUGUUGCAGAAAAUAUCAUCUGUAAACCGUGAAAACAGGCGGCCUUCUAUAGGCACUGGGCUCAGUAUCAGCAAUCUGUAAUGACUGCGUGAAACUAGCAUUAGCCACUUGCAAGAUUUAAUAGAUAUUUAGAUGUUAAACCACAUAUCUGGUUGUGGUUACCUUGCAUGUGAAAGGCGCAGCAUAAAGAGAUGGAACGGAAGAAGGUCACAAUGAAGUG